AUGAAUAUUUUCGUCUUCGUCUCCUUUGCUGCAUUAGCCGCCACAACGAACGCUGCCACAUGUGACACGGCGGCUCUGCAGUUGAUCAUCACCUCCCCAAAUGCGGCCGCUUGUAUGAAUCAAUCUAAUUUCACCGCAACAAGUCUAACCACACCCACGACCGCUGAAUUGGCCAGAAUGUGCGCUAGCGACGCCUGUAUGUCGCUGCUGUCAGAAGCCCAGACGGCUGCCCCAUCGGAGUGUACUGUGGGCACGUUCUCUCUAUACGCUGACUUGAUUACGCCGCUCAACGAUGUCUGUGAUGAUGGGUCAUUGUCGUCCACUCCCCGCUCUACCAAUGAAAGCAGUAAUAGCACCACAGAUGACGCGACUUCCACAUCGACACCAACAGCCCCUCCUGCCACCACAAGUGGCGCUAGUGUCACUGCUGUCUCCUUAGGAGUCUUCCUGGCCACAGCGACCGCCGUAUUUUUGUAA